AUGAAACCAGGAACCAAUAGGAGAGACGGGACACCCAAAGACACCCGUCGAGCUAAAACGUUCACUGGUUGCUGGACUUGCAGAGCCCGAAAAAUUAAAUGUGAUUUACGGAGACCAGGAUGUGCCAGAUGCGAGAAAUCCGCAUUCCGCUGCGGCGGGUACGAUAUAAAGCUGCAGUGGUCGCAGCCCAUACAAUUUAAUGCGUACGGACAAGUCGUUCAGAACAGCAACCCAGCGGGUUCGUCAACGGGAUCAGACGAACCUUCGUCUCAACGACGAGAUAUAGCUUUCGUGAGAUACAAAGAGGAAUACGAGUACUACGAGGACAUGGACGAGGAACUCUCGAUGCUACAUUCACCGCCGCUGAAUCGCAUCGCCGAUAACCAAACGUGGGUUAUCAAGAAAUUUGCAGUUUUCAGAGGAACCGACAAAGUGAAAAUAAAACACGUUCCACGGCGCCAAAGACGCCGGGUUUUCGACCGUUUGGAGUCCAAAAACGGCUUUACCAAGUCUACAAAUCGUGUGGAGGACAGCACCAUACAACUAUUGGGCCCUGAAGACGGUUCUGUCGCUAGCACACUCUCGCAUUCAGACUUUGUAGACAAGCUCGAUGCGGAAAGUGGCGCUGUCACAAAUAUAGCGGAUCCUUCAAACCAAAAAUCUUCAGGCGCUGCUGAUCUUUUCAGCUUUGAUUUUUCGUCGGUUAACUUCAAGGGUCACGAAUGGAUUUCCGAUGAGCUUCGAGAUGACGCCUUACUUUCAGCGUAUGCGAUGCAAGGUUUUGCUGGACAAGGUUUUGCUGGCGAUAGCGGCACCCAAUUGCAUCACGAAGAUUCUCAACAAGCACCACUAGCUACCACCUCACGCAGGUCAACUCGGGACUAUCUUGAUGAUCAGUCUCCGCAAUUGGGAACCGUGGAAAAAGAAGAUCUUUCGCAUGUCUAUAAAAUUUUAUUCCACAGGAACGAGGACAGGUCGCGCUCGCAGAAAGUCUCGACGCAUCUGACUAAUGGCGAGGAUGCAAAGCAACAGUCAAGCGUUGUUCCUCUCAACAACAUGAUAUUGAUAGACUCAGCUGGUUCUGAAGGUUACAUGCCAAGAGAGGUUUUAGAGGUCGUCCCAACCGAUGUCCCUGAUCCCAGUAUUUUCAAUCUACCGAGUAGCAGCAACCCGCUUCUUCAAAUUCCAACAACAGGGCUAAAAGCCAAAGGACUUACGCGGUUUCUUCUCAACUACUACCUUCAGAACGUGGUGGAUCUUAUGACCGUCGUAGCACUGCCAACCAAUCCAUGGCGGACAAUGUACUUCCCGCGCGCGUUGCAAGCCCUGGGAGAUCUUGCAGGCAUAGGUUACACGUCAAAUUCUCGGAACUCACUUCUAAAUGCCAUUUUGGCAGUUUCGUGCUUUAAUUUGCAGAGUAAAUUCCCAAAAAACUCUCCGGAGAUGAAGUACUUUUUACAUCUCGGAAUUGAACUUAGAGGGCAAGCCUCGGAGUUUCUCAAGACAUGCUUAAACUUUACGGUGAAGGAAGAAAGAUACAAGGACAUCGUUACUGCCAUUUUGUCUAUGAGCUCAAUAGACGUCGUUUGGGGUACCAUGGCCGACUGUCACUACCAUCUUGGUCUAUGCGAAAAACUAGUUGAAGAACGAAUGAAAAGCCGGCCAAAGAUUUCGGAAAAAGCUAGGUCCUUACACCGCAUUUUCUCGUUUCUCAAGCUUAUACAAGACAGCACGGCUUUGGAUAAAGUCACCGAGAAAGAAAUAGUGGUAAAGAACACCAAUUUGGAUGAAGUGGAAGAAGAUCAACGAGAGGUCGGAAGUUCCAAUGGCGGUGGUGAAUUCAAAGAAGCAUUGGAUGUGAGUGGCCGCAUUCGCAUCGAAUACGUUCGUUUUUCAAAUUCUAACGGGAGCACGCCAAUUUUCACGGACAUCGCAAGCCAAAACUAUUACUACCCGCAUGCCACUACGAAGAGCAACUCUAUUCUGAGUACCGACGCGCUUUAUGGGCUCCCAAACUCGAUUAUUUUACUGUUCUCCGAUUGUGUCAGACUUGCACGUCAUCUCGAGUACUAUCGCAGCCACUCUCAAGAAGUGCCCAAAAGCUUCGACGCAUUGUGCACCAAUUUCCAAGAAAAACUAUUCAACUGGACGUCUGAAUGGGACUUUUACAAGCCGAACUCCGAGGAGUUUGUGAACGACACCGUUGAGGGUGUUUACCACCAUACCAUAAGUUUUUACCAGAGUCUGAUCAUAUACUACCGCACACGGGUUCAAAACUGCCCGAACAGCGAGAUUCAAUCCAACGUGGUUCAAGUGCUGCACCAUUUGGACAAGCUCACCGGUCUGAUUCAAAAUAAAGGUGUGAGCAUUGUCCCACUCAUAUGGCAAGGUUUUAUUGCUGGUUGUGCCGCAGUGAGCACCGAUUUACAAUUACGAUUCAAAGAGUGGGCUGCCAAGCAUGCAGAAUCAGGAAUGGGUGCUUACUGGGGAGCAAGACAGAUUAUGUUCGAGGUUUGGAGACGCCGUGUGAACGGCGAGACGUCCGAUAAUUGGUUCGAUGUCUACAAAGAUUGGGAGAUGAACUUGAUGCUUUCGUAA